AUGGAGUCGGAUAGCCUCGAGUGCGUUUCCUCGUCCGAUGGUAUGGAUGAUGACGACGCCGCCACCAUCCACCUCCCCCUCGCCUUCACCAAGGCCCACGCCGGAUGCGGGAACGUCGGUGGCAACGGUAGCAUUGCCAACGGCGUUGCGCCGUCGGGGAUCUCCCCUGUGACCAGUGUCCACGAACUUCUGGAGUGCCCCGUCUGCACCAAUUCCAUGUACCCUCCGAUCCAUCAGGUUUGCCCCUCCUGUGGAUCUUCGAAUCUUUGUGCUGUCACCGUGGUUUACUUGGGGGAACAUUCUUUUUUUUCUUGGGCUCAGAUUUAGAUUUCUUAGAUCAUUUCGGCAAUUGAAGAACCUUCCUUCAGAUCUAUGUUUUUCUGAUUGAUGAAUUGUGAAUUCUUGUAAUGUAUAUUUUUCUUGUCCUCUUUUCUUUUACCUGGUGAGCAAAUCAGAGGGUAUUUGUUUGGGUUUUGAAUUAUUGUUAGGUGGAUGGUUGCCAACCAGACGAUAAGAAAAUCUGGCACCCUUAUUUUUCUCCUUCUAGGCAUGCGGUUUGUCUCUUAUAGAUAUCUUAUCCACCGAGACUCUGGUUGCCAAAUGAUUGGACAACGGAAUUGGUCAUGAAGGUCUGAUCUGUAUUGUCAUCGACGCAUGCCACUGAAAGGAUGAAAAUUUCUCAUAAACAAAGAAAUUGGUUUUAAUGUCUAAAAGCAGAUGUAAAAAAGGGACUAGGAACAUUUGGAAAACCUCAAAACAGUGAAUUAUUGAAAGAUAAAAAAAACAUGAAGAAUCUACGAAGUUAACUCUGUCUCUGGUGUUCAUCAUACCUUAACAAAAGCCAACAGCAGAUUUUAUGUGACAUAUUCGACACCAGGAUUAUUUCUGAUGUAUAAAAUAGAUUAAUGGAAACAUGCAACAUAAAAGACUGUCUAAAAUGCAUGAAACUGACAACAGUUGUGCUUUUAAAAUGCACAUGGAUGACGAAGUAGAAUGAUCACUGGCAUACCCUCUCUAGCUGUAAUAGACAUAAAGCCAUGGUCAAAACCACAAGAUCAUUCUUUAAACCCUCCGUACACACUAAGGAUUGUGGUCACUGAUAAAUACUGUUGUUUGUAGAGUUUGUAGAUUGCAUUGGCUAAUGGAAAUAAUUUUAAUUUGAAAACUCAAAUUGAUGGUGGGGAUGAAGAGAACUAUUGGGAUGGUCGGUCCCAUCCGUAUAGUAUCUUAUUUAUGCUACACAUGAUCAUCUUCCCAUAUUGGCAUCUUCUCCGUCGUGUUCUGACUCGCACCACUUUCAGUCGUACCACAGACGCCAAAUGACGAAUGGAAGCGGAUCAUAUUUGAUGAUCCAAUCCCGUUAGUGAUGCUAACACAUCAUCAACAUAUUUCUGGACCCCUAUGCACUAUCGUCACUCAAAAUAAUGUCUGCAUUUCCAGCUUCAGAAGCUUGAACAGAUGAACUUGCUUGAAUGGCUGGCAAAGACUACGUGCUUUGUACUUUCUGCACAUGCUUCUUCUGAAGUUCACCUUUGUCUAAGUGCUCCCCAGAGAUUUUGAAAUAGUUCACCUUUUCUUUUUAGUUUCGGCAAAAAUGCAAUUUCAUUAUUUAUACGUUAGAUACAAAUAAAUCAAUAUUAAUUGUUCUUGGGAAUUUGCAAACUAACCUGGAGUUACUUCGGAAAUAACUUUUGCAGCUGGUUUAUGAUACUGUUCAUUCAUUCAAAUCUAAGAGAACUUGUCAUCCAAAUAACGCACUGAGCGAAUGGAUGACUUAAUUUAUGUAAAGUACAAAGAACUUUCUCCAAUAUAAUUUCGUCUAAGUUUUCAGUUGGUCCUCUGGAGGGUAUACUUAUGGGUUGUAGUCGCUUUUUUUCAAUCGAUAAGCAUUGCAUAUCCGUUCUGAGAAAGAGCAUUCAAAGUUUAGUCAACAUCUGUCUUUUAGGAUUGUUGGUUUGGUCGUCAGCUUCCUCUCCUUAUUGACUGAAUAUAAGUUCCUCAUGCUAUUUUUCACAUUUUAUGUUACCCCACAUAUAUCAGCGUACAAAUCCAAAUUUUUCCUCACCUCAGAAAAAAUUUCAGAUUUAAGAAUGGACUAUUUGUGGUUUUUGGUUUCACUACCUGUUUGUUAGGUGCUUAUGAGCGUGGUUACAUGAACUUUAAGUCAUUGCUGCUUACUUGACGGUGAUAGAAGAUGCUAGAAAUGAAAAUUUUAGAAAGAGCGAAGGGAGCAUAGAAGUGUGUUUUCUAUCAACACUCGAGAAUACGUUACGCGAAGAUAGGUCAUGCUAUUUUAAGAUCCUUGCCCACUCCACCUUAUCACAAAUAACUUCCGACAUUCUUUCCAUUGGAAAACUGUGGCUGUGUUUUUCCCCUCUUUUGAUGUUUCCACAAAAGGUCUCAUGAAGGAUACACCAUCAUACUUUGUGGUUCUUGGUGUCAUUCCUACCCUACUUGCUAGUCACCCUUUGCUUCUGAGAGUUAUGGACGAAAUUUUCGCCAAUAAAAAUAAAAAUAAAGAUUAGAUAAAGAAGAAGGGAGCCUCUUCGCUGAAGAAGCAGAGGAGCAGCUUGUCUCUAAAUAUAGUCCGCUGCUAAGGAAGGAAAGAGCCUUCCACUCAUUGCAUCAUCUCUGGGCUCUUCUAGAUGGAGAAGAGCCCCACCAUAAAUAUAGAAGUCAGAGAAAGAAAACAAGCAAUGGUGCCUCCAGGUUGCUCUUCAUCCUCACCCCCAUUCCUAAUCCGAAGCUAUUGGAAGAAGAUAGAGCCGAAGAAGAAGAAGAAGAUGACCAAGGGGACGGUUGCUGCGAUCCGCCCCAGCUGAAUCGGUGAUGAGCCAAGACAGGCAAAAAAAGGAGAACCAUGGGCGGUUUCUCCUUCUCACUCUUCCCCACAAUAAUUUGGGGAAGGUGCCGGCCAUUCAGGGCUUUGUCAUCUUUUUGUUAACUCCAGCCAUUAUCUCAUCUCUCACCCCCGUUUAGGGAGUAAUGAAUGAAGGAAAACAAUCCCCCUGCACAGUAAUACAUGUCCUGAUGAACACAGAAAAUACUAGAAUGCCAUUUGUCGUAAUGUAGAUGUUUCGUUUUGCAGCUGAAGUUGCUAUUAAUAAGUCUAAGAUUUAAUGCCAACCUUGUUUUCAGUGAUCAUGGCCCAAUGGUCACCUUAAUGACUUUAGAUGAUCUCAAGCUCAAUUGUUUGAUCCAACGAAAUGGGCUGUUUAUGGGAUAAUGUGUGUAUGAGCCUAAUGAAUAAUCUUAAACCCAUGCCAAAACAUGUACAUUAUCUUUUAUGAAAUAAAGUUUGCUCAUUUACAAUGUCACCUACGAACUUUAUUUCAAUAAACUUCCGCAUGCAAUUCAGUAAGACUCCUCUGACGAGUAUUAUUUAUUGCCUUCCAGUGCCGGAAUGGCCACACCCUCUGUUCAACCUGCAAAACAAGGGUGCACAAUCGCUGCCCCACCUGUAGACAGGAGCUCGGAGAUAUCAGGUGCCUGGCGCUGGAGAAGGUGGCGGAGUCCCUCGAGCUCCCCUGCAAGUACUGCUCGCUGGGUUGCCCGGAGAUCUUCCCCUACUACAGUAAGCUCAAGCACGAGGCCCAGUGCAACUUCAGACCCUACAACUGCCCCUACGCGGGCUCCGAAUGCUCCGUCAUGGGGGACAUCCCCUUCCUCGUCGCUCAUCUGAGGGACGACCACAAGGUGGACAUGCACACCGGCUGCACCUUCAACCACCGAUACGUGAAAUCCAACCCGCGAGAUGUGGAAAACGCCACUUGGAUGCUCACAGUAAGUUCCAGAAAAAAAAAUAAAAAUAAAUUCUCUGAGUAGAAUAAUGAUGCAAGUGAUAGUAUUGAUAUUUUAUAUAUAUAUUUAUAUAUGUGGGUGCAUAUAGAUUGAAUACGGGAUGUUUCUGCAGGUGUUCAACUGCUUCGGGCAGUACUUCUGCCUGCACUUCGAGGCCUUCCAGCUGGGGAUGGCGCCGGUGUACAUGGCGUUCCUCCGGUUCAUGGGAGACGAGAACGAGGCGAGGAACUACAGUUACAGCAUCGAGGUGGGGGGCUACAGCAGGAAGCUGACAUGGGAGGGCACCCCACGGAGCAUCAGGGACAGCCACCGCAAGGUCCGGGACAGCCACGAUGGCCUCAUCAUCCAGAGGAACAUGGCACUCUUCUUCUCCGGCGGCGACCGCAAGGAGCUCAAGCUCCGUGUCACCGGCCGGAUUUGGAAGGAGCCGCUCACCUCCGACUCCGGCGUCUGCACCCCCAACCUCUGCAACUGA